AUGAUUCACCCAAAGUUGUUGGCUUCACAAGAACUUUCACUCCGACGCAUUACUGUGCAGCAGCAGGGCUUCACCCCUCCGUUUGCGGGCAAUGACGCGAACAAUAUGAGUGCGCCCAUCAAUAGUGCCAACGCAAGUGUGUGUAGUGCUUCCGUUCCCCGACAAUCGUCAGUUCGCAGUGAGUUGACAUCGCCAUUGACUUUCAACAGCACGGGGUCGACUUUUUCUUCGAUUCCUCUCAACAAAACCGUUUCCUCGUCCUUGGAUCCAAUUACAGCGGGCGGCACGAAUAGCACAGCACCGGCUUCUAUUGCGCUUCCGAAGAUAAGCGUGCGUCCGGAAUGGGAGUCUGCUCUUGCGAAUGCAAACCCAUUUGUGUUUUCGGGGCAAAAGCUGUAUGGUUCUCAACUGUCUACGCGACGUCGUGUAAGGGUUCGGUAUGUUGCGGAUCAAUAUGAUCGCCAGUGGAUCGCGCAAAGAGAGACACCAUCGAAUUCAGUGACAACAAAAGGCAAGACUGGAAGUAUAGACUGCUCAACGACUCCUUCGAUAUCUGUCUUGUCUUCAUCGUCGUCAUCAUCAUUGCGUCAUAAAAUUUCACUUUCUCUUCUGGAGGAUCUUAUAACCGCAUUUGAAGUGGGCUCCUACGGCAAUCCUGAGAUUCCUGUGCAACGACAGCCGGUUUCAAGUUUUAAUAGUGUCUUGGCAACUGGGGCAGAUGCAUCAGUGGUGGAAGAGGUGCGUCAAUACUGGUUAGGAAAACGGCAAGCCUUGGGUGGUAAUAUACCAUGUAUUCCAUCUCUCCAUAUUAAUGUUCAAGAAGAUAACCAAGUGUCUUUGUGCCACAACGAUAUUCUUCAGCUUUGUCCCCUUCCCUUUAAUCAUAGAGACUGGUCAAUUGCAGUCUUGCAACGCCGUAUUCCAAAUGUUUCUGAGGUGAAGCUGGCAGAAGCAGACAUGGAGGAGGUUAAGACUGAAGAAACAGGAUCCGUGGGACGAAAACGUCGACGGUGUGACACCGACAAGGUCAUGUCGGAUGAACUUUUCAGUGCCAAAAUGAUGAAUGAAGAAACGGCAGCAAAGAAGGAGCGCCAUGCACUCGUGUCAUCUGCGUUGAAGGUUGCGCGGGCGGUAUUGGAACGUGAAGAGAAAAAACUAGUUCACACACAUCUAACCCUUUAUGAGUUGGCUCUUUUGCGGCAGGCUGCGAUGGAAGGGUACGACUCCCUAGAGACAGGUGUCUCCACGUCUGCCCGCACACCCUGGGCGAGUGACGAGGCACUGCAGGAGGAUUGGAUGGAUGAGGAUGAGGCGGGGACGGGAAUUUAUAGUGGCAUGGGAAGUGGACUUGUUGCGGCGGCGGUGGAGAGCGUGAUGGCCAUUGACAGAGGGUCGUAUUGA